UAAAGUGAGCAAACUCUUAAAAGCUCAGGGAUUAAUCUCAAAUGACAAACAGCUUGUUAAGAAUGCCAGUGAGUUUCUAGAAGUCCAUCAGAACAAGUGGAACGAGUUGAUCUCGGCUACAGCAUUGAGGAACAUCAGUGAAGCAAAGUGGAAUGUGCCCACUAUCAUGCCCUUUACUGAAGACGUCCAGAAAAUGCACACACAUCUCAGUGAAGUGCAAGAGAAGUGGUUCAAAACACUCUCUGAAAGUCCCUCUACUAAAACCUGGAUGGAGCUGGCAAAGGUGUGUCUAGCCCAGAUGAUUCUCUUUAACCGCCGCAGGGAAGGAGAGGUUUUGAGUAUGCCUUUGUCUGCAUUUCUUUCAAGAGACACUUCUUAUCCACAUGAGGAUGUGGACUGGGCACUUUCUGAAGUGGAAAAAAAAACUCUGCAGACACUUCACAAGGGUUAUCACAAGAGGAAAGCGUGGUCGACCAGUUCCAAUUCUUCUGACUCCAAAAAUGCUAUGUGCCUUAGAACUCCUUGUUAAGCAGAGAGAGGUUUGUGGGGUUCUGAAAGACAAUCCCUAUAUGUUUGCAAGACCAGAAGCCAUGACACAUUUUCGAGGGUCAGACUGCCUCCGUGGCUUUGCUAAGGUGUGUGGCGCAAAGUGUCCCAAGUCACUGACAUCUACAAGACUGCGAAAGCAUGCCGCAACGCUUUCAACAGUGCUGAAUAUGACUGACACCGAGAUGGACCAGCUGGCAAACUUCCUUGGACACGACAUAAGAAUCCAUCGUGAGUUCUAUCGACUCCCUGAGAAGACCUUGCAACUUGCCAAGAUCAGCAAAGUUCUAAUGGCACUUGAACAAGGAAGAUUAGCUGAGUUCCAUGGCAAGAACUUGGAUGAAAUUGGGAUAGAUCCUGAUGAAAAAGUUCUUAACUCUGAUGAGGAAGACGAGAGCAUAACAGAGGGACUCUGUUCAUCUACUGUUGACGAACCAUCUUCAGAGGUGGCACUUCCUCCUACCGAGAGGAGUGACAUGCCGCCACCACCCAAGAGACGCAGACUACCAGCAGAUGAAGAGAUGCCUACAGAAGCCAGUGCUGUGAGGCCUUCUUCCAAAGGUAAAAGUACCCAGAAGACACCCUGGCAGCAGACAGAGGUCCAGGCGGUGGAAAGGCACAUGCAGCGAUUCAUCACAUCGCUCACUGUACCAGCAAAGAGCGACUGUGAAAAGUGCUUGAAAGCUGAACCAGGAGCACUGAAGAACCGUGAUUGGAAGAAUUUUGAACUAGAAAUGGCCAGCGAACAAUUUAAAAGAUGUGUGUGUCCCUGCCCUCGUUAUAUCACUGGUGGGGACACACAUGCUUUAUGUGUAAAUUGUUUGGGAGCGCAGCAUGCACGAGCAGCUCUCGAGGGAGCUGCUUGUGCAGACUGUAAAGCACUUCCUAUUAGAGUGCUGCGCUCCCAGCUGGCGUGCUUUGAUGAGCACAGUCAGGCUCGCGUUCCCCACGGUUCUGGUCCCACGUCCGUUGAGGUUGCGCGGCGACUGAGAUCGUGGGGUUCGCAGCGGGAUCUUGCAGACGAGAAUGAGACUGCUGAGGCACUUUCCCAUUCAUCGUCUGAUGAUCCCGUAGCCCCUGAGAGUGGUGCAGAAGUCCGCGCCGCGGCUUCUUCUGACCACGAUCAGGUUCCGAUACUUGAGCUCUCUGCUUCCGAGGAAGUAGACGUGCUCAGUAUCGAUGCGGAUGACCGUGAGUUAGGCGCGCCAGUUCACGGCCAAGCAUAUGGGGAACUGGUGAGGGUGUGA